CAUGGCUAAGGUUGAGGUUUCAGAAACCAGCACCUUAUUGUCUCACAAGCCUGUAAAUGUUAUGGACAAUGCUACCUCAGAAGAACAUCUGCAAAAAGUGAACAAACAUCAAGCGCUGACAGCCUGUACAGUCUUAUCAGCAACUUUAGGGGCCUGCGUCCUUUCUGGCUCAGAGGGUGUAGGAGAAACAUUGUUCAGUUAUCAUAAGGCUGCUAACACAACCCUUAACAACAGUCUGCCUUUCCAGCCAGAUGAAAAGAACUUUCACAAUAAUAUAUCUGUUCCAGUAUCGGAAAGCUUGGUUGCUACUGAUGAUCAGCUAUCAGAUAUGAGUUUGGAAGCCUCCAGUCUUCACUUUAAAAGUUGUUUGGAAUUUGGAAGUGUGCUUUGGGAAGAGAAUCUGAACAUCUCUGAAGUUAUCUGUGAAAUGCAGGAGAGUUGCCCUGUUGGCAAGGAGGACAGCUUGAAAAGCAAAACUAGUACCAAAACAACUGAACUUCUGGAAGAAUGGGCUCCUGACAUAAAUAUGAAGAAGGCUGCAUCACCAGUCUGGAGCAGUGAAGAUCUGUCCAGUGAUGAUGAACAAGAAAUGGCCAUUUGUAUGGAUCAUUCCUAUAGUAGUAUUUAUAAGGAAAGUUCUGAAUGUCAGGCAUCUGAAGAACAUUUAGAAAAUGACAUAACACCAGUCCUUUCAGAAACUGACAGCACACAAAAAGAGGCAGAUCAGCUAUGUGCCUUUCUCAAUGAUGUAUGUAUGUCCACUAAGGUGGAAGAAAACAGCCUUUUUUUGGUGGAAGCUAGCAACAUCAUCUGCAAGCAAGAAACUUCUAGUAACUUACAGGACAUUUCCAUUGAAAGCAUUAAUUCAGUACCCAUCUGCCAUGACUCCUUGGGUGAUGACACUAAAUUAUGCCGAGAAGGUUUACCAAAAAUAGAAUCCAAUAGUGAUACAAGGAAAGGAAUCUUGAAUUGUGCUUUAGCUACACAUCUGCACAUUGCCAAUGCUACUUCCACAGUAGACACUGACCUAAUUAUUGAUGAAGAAAAUCAUGAAAGAAGCCAAAUCUCUAGUGAGCAUUCAUGUACUCAGCAAGCUAAUGUGACUUUAAGCAGCACUGAGCUCCUAGAUAACCUGCCUGGAGAAGGAUUCCCUGGGCUCUGUGCAAAAUUACUGUCAGGAAGCACUGACUGCUUACUUCAUCACAGGAGGAAGUUGGCUUCAGCAAAUCAAAAAUGUGGUAGUUGCAUCUUGACAAGUGUGCCAGGUAUGCUGAAUGAUGCAGAAAAAAGAGCAACUGAUGUAGCAGCCAGAACAAAUACUGAAGAAGUUGACAGAUUGGAAAUGAGCUGUGCUUCUAUUCCUAUCAGGACAGCUGGCCUUCUUGAAGAGUAUGAUGUUAAGGGAUGUGACUCUCCUUCUAAUGAAAAUAGCUGGGUUCACUUGGAUGGAACAGAUGGCAGCUUGGAUUCCGUUUGCUCUAUGGGGGUGUCUAGCGCUGGUCUCCCUCAGGCUGACACUUUAAAGCUCAGUGCAGAAGUUGAGAAUCAGAGGGCUGAAGAUGGUGAUGAGGAUGGUGGCAGUGGUAUAAAUGCCGAAGAAAUUUUGAAUAUUGACACCAGCGUUUACCCUCCACAUACAAACAUAGAACAAGAACUGAUUAAGGCUUCGCUGGACAUGAAGGACAGCGUGGAAAUGAUGGAAAAUUUCAAAGGGUGUGAAUACUGUCUUGGAAAUAACAUGACUGAAAAAUCAACAGGUGGCAGAGGUUUGGAUAAAAUUGUCUGUCCCCUUAAAUUUCACAGCUUUACAAAAGGAGAGAGCCAGGAAGAACUAGAGAAAUACCAAACUCACCCUUCCUCCUUUUCAGAUGUUUCCAGUCUGAAGAUGGACCUGAUCUCCAAUCACCCAUAUUGCACAAAGCAGCAGGACCAUCCCAUCCUGGAGAAAAAUCCAGGUCUGCAUCGGAUGAGAGUUCAGGCCCUUGUGUGUCAGGAUUAUCAUGUUAAUAACCUAGAUUCUUUUAAUCAGAAAAAUGUAACACCCCAAGAAAUGAGAGUUCUAGCAUGCCAGCAGUAUGUUUUUGUUAACUCCAAAAAGCAAAUGGAAGAUAGUACAGUUCAGACUGUGAACCAUUCACUUGAAGAGACUCAAAGGUCUGUCAUCUGUAGUCAAGAUGAGUCAGUAUAUCCAAAGACAGACCAAAAUUUAACUCCACAAACUCAUCCAGUGCUCUUAAUAAAAAAUGGUGUUCAAGAGACAUUUCAGUCAAGCAUGAGAGGCAAUAGGCUGUGCUAUAAAAAACCAUCAAAGUUAAUCAAUAAUCCAUUGAAAGAAGGGUUAAUAGAAUUAAACCAUACUGGAAUGUUUUUAGAACGUUUAGGACAUGCUUUUGAGCGACUGAAGUCAAGUAGAUUCGUUCAUCAGCGAGGUCAUCAGAAAGCAACUGAAUUCUGUUCUGCCUUGCGAUCAGUCAGGAGGAGAUCUUUUCAAAUGCGAAAUAAAUACUUCCUAAAGUUUAGAAGUAAACCUAGGUUACUUCCUAAUCACAUUUCUUUUCUUCUGAACUCACUGAUGUUUACAACAGCUGCUGGUCAGAGAACUAUGGAGGGUGUGUGUUCAAAAUUGUUCAAGGACAGUUUUAUAUGUAUAUCUUUUGGAGUGCAGCCUAUUCAGAAUUUAGCAGCCUGUUUGCCUGGAAAAGAUAAACCACCUACUUCACUUUUUCUGAAUGUUUUUGACUCUUCUGCAGCAGCAGCAUCAUUGGAAAGAAAAGCAGAUGAUCACAUAUUUUCAGAAGAUGGCAAAUCAUGCUGUUCUCUCAGAGGGGUUGUAUAUGUGGGCUCUCCUCCUGGAAGCAAAGGGAUACUUGUAAGCACAGUUCACAGCAUGCCAGAUGUUGAAGUAAUGGAUGAAAUUUUAUCUAUAACAUCCUGUGGUCCUGAACCCUCAAAGAAAAGCAGACCGUCCUCUGACAAUAACCAGAGACAGCAUAGUCUAAUAAAUGAGAAAACUAAGAUACCAAUUCAUUUGCACAGUAAAGGUUCUUUCAGAGCUCUUUUGGACUUACUUCUUGUUGGGAAAGAGGAAAUCAUAAUUCCAUUCAAGUCUGCAAUACACACAAGGUCUCCUUUUUUCCACCCACUUGAAUGCAUUUCAGAGCUUAGUUUGAAUGAAGGACACACAUAUGCCAAAGAUCCCUCCAAACCAGCAGUUGUCAAACAGCAUGUUUUGCAGCCUAAAGAUGUAUUUCCUUCAAUGACACCAAGAAUCCUUUGCAGCAACGUGCCUUGUCCUUCUUUAAGCGACAGUCUGUUUAAAGCCUUGGCCAAAUGGUUCAGUAUUACACAGAGAAAUUUGCAGAGCACAGAGAUAUUGGCAAGAGUCCAAAGGAAGCCCUUAGAUUAUUUGGUCAAUAUAGGCAUAGAGACUCCUAUUAACAAAGUAACUUCUGAAACAGGAAACUUUCCAACAUUUAUGAAGAGAACUGUGCAAGAGGAGAUGGAGCGAAGUUCAGCUGAAUACACUAUUUUCUCUGAUGCAGUUAGUCAGCAGUGGGGGGCAAAAUAUAGGAGGGAGGCAGAGAACCUCUUCAGGCAAAGAUCUAUUGGAAUGGAGUAUCCUAUAGCCAGCUCUUGUAAUAAGGGAGUAGCAUUGAGUGCUGGGAAACCUGAAGAUCCUACAUGGACUCUGAUGGUGGAGAAUAUUGUUGAAUAUAGUGAGAAGAAACAUGCUUGUUGCACUUUAAGGGACUUGAAAAGGCCAAAGAGAUUCAGAGAUUUAAUUGGGUUGGAAUAUGUGAAGGCCAAGGACUCUGAGGCCAGGAGCCUUAGUUUCAGGAACUAUAGUCAGCAAUCAGCCAAUAUCAGUAUUCCUGUUGCUCCAAUCUUUUGUACGUUGCCACAAGCUUUCAGCUUUUGGCAUGGCAGAAACCAAGUAACCUUUGAAAGUGCACAUAAAGUAAGGCAAUCUCUUCCAUUAAGCAGACGAUCAGGGAGCAUAUGUAAGAAGGAUCGCAUGCAAGGCCAUUUCAAGGUUAGAAGAAAAAGGAACCAAAUUAAAAGUACUGCUUUCCUAAAGUAUCUUUUAGAAAAUGUCCCUAAGCAUAAUUAUAAGCUUAUCAACUCUGUAUAUUUAAUGAUUAAACCAGCUGCCAUAGAAAACAAAGUAGCUGUGAUAUGGGACCAAACACCAAAGCAAAGAUCCAACCGAAGCAGUUCACUACACAUUUCCAGAGCUAGCAAACAUACCAAAGACCCAGCUGUCUUGAAGAGGCUAUCUGCUUUAGCCAAUAAUUUGCUGGUCCCUUCAACAAACUCUCAGAAUUUCAAACUGUCAAUGAAUUCCACAGAUCUUUCCCCUUUAACUGUAAAGAACAGCCAACUCAGAAAAAAGAAACUACUGGAAGUUUUUUCCUGGGUUAACAUGAAGUUAAAUUCUCGGUGGAUUAAGGGCAACAAGUACUCUGCUAAGAUGUUCAGCUCUCAGUCUUUGGCACUUUAUCCUGUAGAAUCAACAAAAGUGUAUGCCUUGGAACCAAGCAACAGAAUUCCCCUAGCAUUCAGUACUCCCAAAUUCCCGCUUUCUUUUAAUAUAAAAAUGGGUUCCAGUCCUAUGAGCAGUGCCCUAGGGAUUACAUCCAUGCACAGUAUCACUAAUAGGAUGGCUUUGGGAGAGCCAGAAGCUUUGCAGCCUGCAAAAUGGACUUUCUCUUUCCUACUGUCUCAAAGCAGCCUGGGUGAAUCCCCAGUCCAUGAAGGUCCCUGUGUUCCUGCUGAGUCCUGCAUUGCAUCAGCAUCUCUACAUGCAGCAAAGAAUAGCAGAAGAUAUGCUGUAGCUAAGAAGAAUUCAGGCUGCUCUGCAUUUGGCCUGCAGACGGUACUAGCAUUGUCUUCCCCUGGAUGUUAUAGGGUCUGGACAAGAGAAAGAAAUCUAACCAGUCAAAUCCCAGCUAUCCAGAGGCUGACUGUGCUACAAUUUGCCCAGGGCUUGAAAGGGUUAAAAUGUUCCUCUUCUGUAUCAGUUGACCUCUUCUCUUCCUUGCCCUAUUUGCUGGGUAGGGCACUGUCCAUAUGGAGCCAGCAUGGUCCUUCCACCUGUCCCUCCGAAUUCACUCCUCUCCAUUCCAAUCGCUGCAAGUGGCAGCCUGUCACUACCGAAACCACAAGUCUGGGCCUCGGGAACAGCUCUGCCAUGUUGCCUCAUGUGCCUGACUGGGUUGUUGACAUUCCCAAGCCUGUAUAUGAUAAGUUGAGGUUGGAACCAUACUUCUCUGCAUCGUUACCAACGUCUUGCUCGAUUCCAGAACCUGAGCACUCUCCUCUUGGACAUUUGACACCUGAAUUUCAGAUCCACCCUUUAGAUGAUGUUUCUGUCCCUUCGUUACCCUCAAGUGGUACUCAGUUGGAAAAAGCAAAAUUGGAGAAGAGGCCAAAGAAGGUGUCUCAGAUUCGGAUUCGGAAGACUAUUCCUAAACCAGAUCCCAACCUCACUCCCAUGGGACUUCCUAGGCCAAAGAGGUAAA